AAGAAUGCAACAUGCUUGGCUUAUAUUUUGUCGACAACUUUUCCCCUACUCUAUUAACACAUUACUCAAAUUUUGCACCAUCAUUUUCCAUUUGCUUUGUGCGUCAAAUUUCUUAAGUUAUCAUAUAUUAUAGAUUUUAUUUUUUAAAAGCAUUGCAAAAGAAUUUGAGAUACUGGUUUUGUAGAAGGUAUGGCAACAGACUCGCGUGAAAGCAAUGUUUACAUGGCAAAGCUUGCAGAACAAGCUGAGCGCUAUGACGAGAUGGUGGAAGCAAUGGAGAAAGUAGCUAUGACUGCCGACAUUGCAGAACUUACAAUAGAAGAACGCAAUUUGUUGUCGGUGGCUUACAAAAAUGUCAUCGGUGCAAGAAGAGCCUCGUGGAGGAUUAUUUCAUCCAUUGAACAAAAAGAAGAAGGAAAAGACAAUGCAGAGUUUGCAGAAGUGAUCAAAGCAUAUCGUGCUAAAGUGGAGUCAGAAUUAAACACUAUCUGUGGAGGUAUUUUGAACCUUUUGGACAAUCACCUCAUUCCACCAUCUGUAUCAGGGGAGUCAAAAGUUUUUUAUCUUAAAAUGAAAGGGGACUAUCAUCGCUACCUUGCCGAGUUCAAGACAGGUGCUGAAAGAAAAGACGCUGCCGAAGCCACAUUACUCGCUUACAAAUCUGCACAAGAUAUUGCUCUCACCAACUUGGCACCCACGCACCCUAUACGAUUGGGAUUGGCUCUCAAUUUCUCUGUGUUUUAUUAUGAAAUUUUAAAUUCUCCAGACAGAGCUUGCAGUCUUGCUAAGCAGGCGUUUGAUGAAGCCAUUGCGGAGCUUGAUACUUUGGGUGAAGAAUCUUACAAAGACAGUACUCUCAUUAUGCAACUCUUACGAGAUAACCUCACACUGUGGACAUCUGAUUUACAAGAGGAAAUUCCAGCAUCAUCUGAGGCUCCACAAGCAGAGGUGAAAGUUGAAGCAGAGUAGAAAUGUUCUUCUGUGCUGAAGUCAAUUGACAUUCAUACAUCUAAACCAUUUUGUAAGAUUUUUUUGAUUGGGUUCACAUAAAAUUAAAAUUUGAAGAAUCAUUUACAGAAAAAAAUGCAAUCAAUAUUGUGUGUUGUAACUUUUCAAAUUCUAUUCAAACAAUGUAUCAGUGUAAAGAUAAUAAAAUUGUUCAUGAGGUCUUUAUAAUAGAAAUUA